AUGAGCAACUCGUCCUGGGUUAUGUUGCCAACUUACAUCAUCGCAGUAGCUGAAGAGUCUCCCACACAAAUAUCUGAGCAGCCACACGCAGGAGGGUCCCCCUCCGGUGGAGAGAGAGUGGAAAGACCUGGAUGUGGUUUCUACGGUAAUCCUGCUACUAACGGAAUAUGUUCACUGUGUUACAAAGAAGUACUUAAGAGGAAGCAACAACCACCCAGCACUACCUCCUACACAGAGAUAUCCGCUGCAGGGCCUUCAGGAAUGUCUUCGGGUGUCGAUAGAGUCGCUAUUACUAAGUGCAGGUGUGAGGUGGGUGCAGGUGUUGAGGCGGGUGCAGGUAUUGAGGUGGGUGCAGGUGUUGAGAUGGGUGCAGGUGUUGAGGCGGGUGCAGGUGCUGAUGGCGAUUGUGUUGUCUUGUCUCAGGACGCGGCGAUUUGA